AUGCCCAGUCGCGGCCCUCGGCCUGAAUCAACCAUCGCGCAAAUCUUUGCCGAUGAUCUCGACGCCAUGUUCGGCCUCACUCCUGAGGUCGAACAGCUCACACAAACCGUAGAGGACAAAAAGCUCAAGGUCUCUUCUGGCAACCGCGAGCUUCAGGAGCUUGAAGCUCGCCUGAAGAAAGCCGAGCAGCGACUCGCGCGAGUCUCACGGAAUAAUUCACCUGCCACAUCGCCCACGAGCGAGCAGCCCCCUAUCCUCGAAAACGCACAACAAGCAGCAGCACCUUCCGCCGCGUCAAACAAACACCCUCUCGCACAGCAGCCCUCCUUCCCUGCCAGCCGGCCAGCGACUUCCCAACAGCAGCAGGCCGAGGCCCACCGACAGCAGGGCUUUCACAACGCUAACGGCAACAAUGCGAAUGAGUACGUGAUGGUGGAUAGGACCGCUGCGCGGGCAUGA